GACGGGGGCUGUACAUGUGUCUGCCAUUACUGUGCUCUAUGAAGAAGCUGGGGGUCACAUGACCUGGAGACCCUGGUGAGAGGAGCAGCUGGAGGAAGAGACAUCACAGAGAUACCGUAAUCCUGCGACGUGGACACAACUACUGCUGGGGCUGUAUUUAUGGUUCUGGAAUCUAUUCCUGUGCUAGAUACUUGAGCGACUUGUAUCAAUAAGGAACAUGAAUCUACAUAAUGGAGCAGAAUGUCUCCUGUCUACUCAGCAACAUCAGGAGGAGACGACCUGGAUCUGCUGCACCUACUGUAUUCAAUCCCCUGUACCUGCUGUGAAGUCCUGUCUGCACUGUGAGGCUUCUCUAUGUGAUGACCACCUGAAAGUUCACCGAAAAUCACCAGAACACAUCUUAUCUGAGCCCACUACUUCCCUGAAGAACAGGAAAUGCUCCAUCCAUAAGGAACUUUUAAAGUACUAUUGUACUACAGAUGCUAUCUGUAUCUGUGUGUCCUGUACAUUGGCCGGAGAACAUCGGGGACACCAGGUGGAGAUGCUGGAUGAGGCCUUGGAGAAGAAGAAGAAGAAACUGAGAAAUCUUCUCCAGAAACUGAUCACAAAGAGAGAGAAGACUGAGGAAAGAGUCCGGAGUCUGGAGGAACGCAGGAGAAAAGCUCAAGAGAAAUCAUCUGGAGAAGCGGAGAGAGUCACUGCCCUGUUUAUAGACAUGAGGAGACGGCUGGACGACCUGGAGAAGAAGGUCCUGAGUGAGAUCUCCAGGCAGGAGGUACAGGUGUCUGAUGUGAUCCAGGAGCUGGAAAUAAAGAAGGACGAGCUGUCCAGGAAGAUGAGACACAUUGAGGAGCUGUGUAACAUGACGGAUCCACUGACUGUCUUACAGGAACCAGACACAGGUGACUUGUGUGAUCCUGAGGAGGGGGGAGGUGAUGAGGACACAGAAGGACAUGAUAAGACAUAUGAGGUGGAUGUGGAUGUGAUUACAAGGAUGGUACAUGUAGGUUUCUAUGAUAUAAUGACAUAUCUACAGACCAUCCGACCUGCAAAACUAAAAAGAAAGAGGUCACAACCCCAAUCUUCACCCAAGCAAAAUAAAGUCUUUCCUGUGUCAGUUACAGAAUAUGGGGGCAAUGUUGUAAUAGUCAGGACUGGCAGUGUUGGGGGGAAGGUACCGGCUGCAGGAGAGGAAGGGAUCUAUGGGCAGGGUCCUGCAGACAUAUUACUGGAUGUAAACACAGCUGGUGAUUAUAUACUUAUAACAAAUGACUUGAAAACUGCAACUCGGGCAGCUGUUCGGCAAUAUCAUCCAAUAACAGUAGAGAGAUUUCAAUAUAAUCAGGUGAUGAGCAGCCAAAGAUUCUCCUCAGGACGACAUUUCUGGGAUGUGGAGAGCAGUAGAUCAGGCAAAUGGAUGUUGGGGAUGUGUUAUCCCAGUAUAGACAGGUGGGGAGAUCGGUCAUAUAUUGGAGGUAAUAACAAGUCCUGGUGUUUGCGGAGGUCCAAAAAUAAUGAGUAUAUGGUAAUGCAUGGCAGUGAACAGAUUCAAUUACCUCACCAGAUAUCCAGUGAUAGAGUCAGGAUCUGUCUGGAUUAUGGGGCCGGGCAGCUGUCCUUUUAUGAGCUGUGUGACCCCAUCAGACACUUACACACCUUCACCACCACCUUCACCGAGCCCCUUCAUGCUGCAUUAUAUAUAUAUGAUGGUUACAUAAAGAUAUUAAGGGGAGGAGCAGCUGGAAGACAUUAAAGACAGUGAUUGGCGGAGCAUUCCACUCAUUGGAUACGGCAAUAGGAGGCGCUUUAUCAUUGUUCUUCCCCCCUUUUUCCUUAAACUAUUAAAAGGGUUUAUCCAAGAAAGAUCCAUAUCUUUGACAUUGACAAUAAAACUCGAGUAUAUAGCUUGAAAUUAAUCUUACAGUCUUAUUAAAAAUUAUUUGAUUUACAGAUUUUUCUAUAUACCAAAUUAUGCUUGCUCACACCACGCCCCUUCCGUUCAUGUCUAUAGGAGGGGGCCUGGCGGCCAUACAGCCCCCUCCCAUAGACAUGAAUGGAAGGGGUGUGGCAUGAUGUCACAAGGGGGCGUAGCAUGACAUCACAACCAUGGCCGCCCGCACCAAGCAUUCUGAACAUAAUGUUCAGAAUGCAGGGUGCUGCAUGUAGAUCGUGGGGGUCUGGCAUCUGGAUAGGGAUAGGGGAUAAGAUAAGGGAUAAAUAUGUCUAGGGGCGCAGUACACCUUUAAUGCCCAAACAAAUUACUUGUGUACUUUAUGUAAUAAAUAAAGCAUUUUUUGCAUCUGUAUAUUCAUAUAUAUAUAUAUAUAUAUAUAUAUAUAUAUAUAUACAUAUAUACAUUAAUUUAUUGCCCAUGUGAAGCUAGCCUAGGUAAAUGAUUGAAUAUAGAAUAAAAUCCGCAGCAUUAAAUACAAAGCCUCACAUCCAUAGGAAAUACAGUAGGUGGGAUUGUGCCCUGAAAAUGACAUGGAAAUAUUUCACCUUCACAACAGAAAACACGGCAUAAACAUGUAAACAGCAGAAUGUAUUAUCACCUGAAUAAGUUAGAUUUAUUCACAUUCAAUGUGUCUUCUUUAGGAUCCGCUUCCAUAUUGGCUUGUCUGUAUCAUCAGUUGAAGAUAAAAGUAUGAACUGUAUAAACUCAUGAAAUAAUGAAGUUUGAAUUAAGAUACUGAUUUGUAACUAAUAAAUAUGUGUUUCUGUAACAGUUGUCAUCAAGUAAUAAAGGGGAUGUUAAAAGUGAUGCUCAGGGUAACCAGAUGUUCCAGUUUUACCGGUAUUGUCCCGUUUUGGGACCACUGCGUCCAGAAAAGAUCUUUCAGGAAAUAGGGAUGUAGUGCUUUUUUCUGCCAUGGACCUCUGGACACUUUGAAUAAACAAUGGCUGCCAGGAGGUUGCGUACGCAGGCAGUCACCAACGUGUCAUGCGCCCAGUCUGGAGUAGUGGAGCAGCUGAGAAGGAAAACGUGUGGGGAAGC